AUGGACAAAGACGAGCUGAGUGGCGGACGCCAGUCUCCCAGAAAGCGAGAGACAGCAAACAACGAAAACAAUGCCGAUGAACAGCAAUCCCCUGCAUUGGGCUCCAGGGGAGAAAGCAUCUUCGUUGGCAUACAAGAUUACAGAACUACUCCUGUGUAUUUCAACAUGGUUGGACAAUUCGGUGGUCCGUGCUUUGACACGUCAACAAACUUUUGGAAAAAGAGCUUGCAAGUGGAGGUAGAUGGUUCGAUUGAAGCGUUUGGCACGCGGGAUUAUGCUCAAGUCCAAUAUCUUGCGCAAGACCCUCAACAAGUACAAGCGGCUGUGGACUAUGUCGGCCAACUCGCAAAAUAUGCCACUGGCAGGCUUUUCAUUACCGUGCUUCGCAAUCCAUCGCACAGGAACGGCCAACUCGAAGCAGUGGAUGGAGUCGCUAUGUCCGGCUUCUGGCUGGACCGCACAAAAUUUGUGACGUGCGCCCAUUUUCUGAAGACGGUCGAGGACACGAAUGCCGAUGAGACCGAAAGGUCCUUGAGAGAUGCAAAUCCACAGACACCGCGAGCCUUCGUUUCUAAUAGGAAGAAUGCUAGUCCCGGGGUGAGCACAAGCGAUUCUCAUUCGUGGCCCGUCCAUCUCCUGAGGCUCUCUCGAACUUCCGACAUUGCAAUUUUUGAGUUGAAUCAAGGAACAGCAAAAGGGGAGAGCCAUCCACCGCAUUCAAUCAGGUUGAGCGACCUAUCAGCAUUACUUACAGCGCCAUCUGCCGGGAAUGGGUCAAUCACCUCUUUCGAGCAAAUCAACCCAUCGUCACUGCCUCUUUUUGCAGCCUAUUACCCCGGUGACGAUGAUUUUGUCGAGAAUAGCGACGUGUCGCCUGUCCGAAAACAAUUCGCCAGGGAAGCCGGCAUAUUGAGCACGUGGGGAUUGUUUUGUGAGGAAGCCCGGCUCUUGAAUCCUGCAGAGGCAGGAAGGCCACCCAGCUUCAACUCGACAUUCGCAGCUCACAACCGGAGCGUAGCCUUUGGUCGAAUCGAGACACCCCAGAAUGCAGCAUUGUGGGAACCUAUGGCUGUUCGGGAGGUAUGGUGUGCCUCCUCUUCCACGAUGCAAGUGGCUGGCGAUCUGUCGUCGUGGGACUCUAUCAUGGGGAAAGCUGGAACGAUCGGAGAUACAACGAAAUCGUCGCUUUUACCCCAGCAUUCGUCGACGCCAUGCGAGCUGGGACCUUUUUGGAGCACUGACGAAGCUUGA